GAAACACGCCCUUCUCUCUCCUACUAUAUAAGCCCUGUUAUGAAAAUGUAACCUCCUGUUCCAAGAACAAGAGGACGGUGGUCUCCACUUUAAAAGGACAAGAUCAACAACAGAACUAAGCCAACCUCAGCGUGAGCUCUGGUUGAACGACAAGAACCUACUGAAAUUAAUUUCAACGUAAAGAUGAUGAUCAACACACCGAAAGGAUGAAUUUCGACUAUACCUUCCAGAAUAUAGCAUGAGCUUAAAGUAUGAACUUUGAACUCUUAUUCACUAAAGUAGUGAUACCUCCUAGUUGUUGCGUUAGCAACCACAGCUGUAAACGUGGGCUAGGAAAGGACGGACAAAGGACCCGUUCUACCACACGGCGACGGUUCUACCAAGUAUAUGUUCUACCACCAGACAUUCUUCAAAGGACAACCCGGCCAUCCAUCUACGAUCAACCGAUCGAAGCGCAGCUCAGAGGAAAGAAAAUGCAGCGACAAAACCAAAGAGGAAUAACGGAGACCUUUUUCCGCGGGGAGCAUCAGAGUAUAGAAACCUUGAAAAUGGAGACCCCACUAAGUUGUAGACGUCUUAUUUCAAAAGACAUUCCACUGUACCCCAAAGCUGACAGAGCGGAAUUUCACGUGGACAAAGUCUGUCAUGUAACCACUCCAACAGGCCUGACAGGAAUCAUGGAUCUGAGUGGAUUUACAGCAGGGCAAACAGGGGGUUUCACAUGGUGGGCUCUUCACAUUACAGAAGGGGAAAUUGAGGCAGCAGAGAAUCGCUUCCUUGAAAAGGAACAGCUUUCCUUUGACCCAACAACGGGUGAAGAACAAAGACACAAUCCAUUCCUGAAGGAAUUCACCACCUCCCCUGUCUUCCAAAAGGGAUCUCGGUACGGGAACUUUAAGUUUACCUUCCCCUUGGAGGAUCUCAUGCAGAUGUACACAGAGCAGAUCUGUGAGGGAGAGAAGCCUGUCCUGAGAGUCUAUGAAACCGUGGUUUACAAGCAGGAGAUCAUGUACGUUGUGGUUGUCCACGGUCCAGAUGUGACAGAGUUUGAUGAGUACCCACUUCUUGCUGAUGAGAAUGAUAAGGCAAUAUGCAUUUAUAAAGAUGGUCAAAUUGUCUGGCGUGCAGAAGCAAUAUGUGAAACCCAUACAAAGAAGCUGAUCAUCAACAGAGAGAGUGGAACAGUUGAAACAGAAGAACUUGGACGUGGUUUUGAGUAUUUCAUGUGGGACCAUGUGACCCUGGCAUUCCAUCUGCCAGCUGACCGCACCCUCCAAGUUGAAGAGGGAGUAUUAAAGGAGAGACUCCAUGCAUGUGAGGGUAUCAGACCUUUUCUCCAGGGUGAGUUUUUAACACUAGAGGAAGCAGAAGAAGUAGUCAAUGCCAUAAAGAACUCUAUAUAGGGACAGUGCUAGUGACAGUGCUAUAUGGGGACAGUGCUAUAUGGGGAAAGUGCUAU